CUUAAAGUUAGUGAAUCUCAUUUAUUCCGUAAUUGAUCGCAAGCCUAGCUGGUUGACAAAACGAUUUGCGUCGCUAAUACGAACUAUGAAAAGGACGUAGCGUCAGCAGAAAAUAUAAACGGUUUACGAAGCCCGACGGUAAAUGAAGUGAGAAUGAAAAAUACAUAAAAAAUCCUGAAUGCAAAACAAAAAAUGUAAUAUCAAAAGAUUUUUGAACCAGUAAAAUAUUAUUUACAAAAAAUAUCCUUGUCGCAAGAUAAAAGUGAACUGUUUCGUUAAUUUUAUUUUUCGUCUUAUAAACUUUUAAGACAACAAAAAUAAAUUAUCAAUAUUUUUUAAUUUUAAUCCAAUUAUAUAUUAAUAAAGCUGCCGUAAAACUUGUGAAAUUUUCGUGUUGAAAAAAAUAAUAAUAAUAAAAGUAAUUAAUGCAUCGUCACUGAAUAAUUCUCAAAUAAUAGAAUAAUUGCUCUGAUAUACGGUUAAUUUGUUUUUUCAGUGUACUUGCAAACAAACUAUGACAAUCUCACAGCAAUACAAAGUGAGAUGAGUUGAAACAUUUUUUUAUUAUCCACUGUGAUUAUCAUAAUGCUGGAUAAAUACAUGAAUCUACUAUUGCCAUGCAGUCUGGGAUUGAUAUGGAUUUGGCUGACUGAUUCAACGGAUGCCUUAAUGAACUACACAGCUAAACCACGUGUAGUCCUUCCACCUAAUUAUGUCAAGGAAAUGAGACCACCUUCCAAGAAAGGCUCUCCAGUGAUAGUAGACUUUAGCAUAUUUGUUGUAGAUAUUAACUCAAUCAAUGUAGAGGAUAUGGACUUUAGGGUAGACAUGUUUAUACAUCAACGUUGGCUUGAAUCAAGACUAGAGGUGUCCGAUGAUAUAUUCGAAGAAGGUGAUGAUUAUGUAACACUACUUCCAGAAUUUUUUGACAAUCUCUGGCAACCGGAUCCAUAUUUUUUGAAUUCAAAAAUUGCCGAGAUUGCAACAUUAACGCACAAAUUCACUUCGGUGACAUUGUAUAAAAAUAAGACAGUACGUUAUGCGGCGCGAAUGCAUGCGAUAAUUGCCUGUCAAAUGGAAUUCCAGCUCUAUCCGAUGGAUAUUCAGGUGUGCCCGAUAUAUAUAGAAAGCUUCUCAUCAAAUAAUAAAAAGGUCAAAUUACGUUGGUCUGAUUCGGGCGUAACUUUAAAUCCUGAACUUAAAUUGCUACAAUACAAUCUUGGUCAACCGCUUGAGUUGGAGGAAAGUGAUGGUUAUAUGCCAGAAAAAGUUGGAAAUUUUUCACGCCUAACAGUAUAUUUUCGAUUUGAGCGACAAAUCGGUCAUCAUCUUAUACAGACAUUUGCGCCGUCAUCUUUGGUGGUAAUGUUGUCAUGGUUUAGCUUUUGGCUGGGUCUUGAUGCGAUUCCGGGUCGUGUGACAUUGUUGGUCACUUGUAUGUUAACUUUAGUUACUAUGUUCACCGGUCUGAGAGCGGAUAUUCCACCGGUCGCCUAUGUGAAGGCUCUCGACCUUUGGAUGGCCGGUUGCAUGGUAUCCGUUUUUGCUGCAUUGGCAGAAUUUGUUGUAGUCAAGGUGCUAGAUGUGCAAUAUCAAUAUCAAGUCAAUAAAAUUCCAAAAGUGUUGCCUAUGCGUAUAAGCAACAUGGAAAAAGGUCAAUGCCCAACGGUGGCUAGUUGGGAGGGAGGAGCAGUGCGCUCACGAAAAUCAACGCAAACACCAACAACGCCAGGGCAGACUUCGCUGCAAGGCAACGGCGGCCCACCAAAGCCAGCACGUAGGCAAAGCUUGUUAUCGGUAGCCUGGACAGACACCGACACGGGUGUUGAGAAGAUAAUGUGGCGAGAAAUUGAUAAAGUAUCUCGUGCCGUAUUUCCGAUAUUAUUUUUCGUCUUCGUAUUACUCUACUGGCCCAUAUUAUUGAUGAAAUCAUCCUAGGAUUUAAGGAGUUCCAGGAUACAAAAUUCUGGGCUCCGUUGAAGUAGUUACGUAUUUACUACGUAUGUAUAUGGGCAUGUGCUGAAUGCGAUUACAUACAUAUGCGAUUAAAAUAUUUACUUACUUACAUACAUAUUGUUGUUUUAUGUAUUGUAAUUAGAUGCUCGCAAACGCAUAAUAGUUAGUAUCAAGGCUAUCAAUAAGAAUAAUUUCUAGCUAAAUUUAAAGAAAUUUCAAAUUGAUCACAUAAGCGUAUGUUAGAGCGAGAUUAGCGCUUUUAGUGCAUAAAUUUUGGAUAAAUUAAAUAUGUACAUAUAUUGAUAAGAAAAUGUAAAUUUUGUGCAGCGAUUUUCUUUCUUUGUAAGUAUAUAGGAAAGUAAUAUGUACGCAGAAAUAAUAAAUUGUACACACUCUUGUAUAAAAUCAAAAUAGAGGUUAAAGGUUAUUGGAAUAUAUUUUGCAGGUAAAUUUUGAAAAAUUACUUGGCCUUAAAUAAUGAAUAUAGAUAUACGUGAAUGUAUGAGCAGAAUGCAAAAUCAGAAUUUUAAAAGGUAUUUACAUACAUAUACAAUUAUUUGCACAUGUCUCAAUGGAGCAUGCCUCAUAUAUCGUGUGCCUUGAAAUAUUUCAAAAAGCUGCAAGAAAGCCAAAAUAGCACAAUAAAAGAAAUGCAAUUUGUCAACUUAAGUUGUCUUCUCAAUAGUUUAGUCAGUGAAAGUAGAAGGAAAAUGCUGUUAUAGUUAUUUCGCCAUGUUGGCAGCUCUUACAGUUUUUUUUAAUUAACUUGUGUUGGAAAGCGGAAUAGAAAAAUUGGUAAAAAUAAAUUAAUUUAAUAUUAAAUUAUUUCUUUUAUGUUUAUAUCAUGAGACAUUUUUUUAAACAUGCAUUCAUAACUCUAAUUGGUAUUUUUACGCGCAGUAGGAAUUAUGGGCACCUUUAUGAAAUUUGUACACACUUUUGCUUAUACACAACUAAAUAGUAGUUAAAUAUAUGUACAUAUAUACAUAUGUGCAUAUUUAAAUGCUGUAUGUCUGCAAGAUUAUAACGAAAUGGUAAAAAAAUUUCGAAUUAUUGAUUUUUUGUUUGUUUAAUAAUUGGUGCUUUUUUUAUACGGAUAAUAAUAAUACACUAUUCAUAUGAAUAAGUAUGUAUGUAAAAUGAAUGCAACUAUUGAUAGUCCAUAACAAAUUACGCAACAAUUACAAACGCACACACUAUUUUGCUACUACUACUUUUUAUAUAGUGAAAAUACACAGACUAUGAAAUUAUAUGCGCUCAAGAACGAUAUGAACGAUAUUGGUAUUUUUUUAAAUAAAAUAUUAUUCUUAUUUCGGCUGCG